UAAAACUUCUUUUCUCUCUCUCUGAAACUCACGCCGCCCCUUCCUCCUCCGGCGCCGCUCACUUCUCCAGGCUCCCUCACUGACUCUUGCUCCAGCCGACCAGCCCCCUAUUUGAAAUAUCUGAUUUCUCAAAACAUCUCUGAAGGAUUCUUCCAUUUGCUGAUGCCAAGCAUUUGAGAAUGAGGGCAAUUUUCAUUAAUCCAGUGCUGAAACUGCGGCUUGAGCAGAAACCGUUAUACUUGUAUAACACUUUUAAAAGGCUAUCAUCUUUGAAUGAUGGGACUAGUGGUGUGGAUGUUAAUGAAGGAGCCAGCAAUGAGGGGAAGUGGAGAACUCCUCAUAGUAAUGGAGGAGAUGCUCAUAUGAGGAAACAUGAACUUCUUAGGAAAGGGAUUGAGAAUGUGUGUCAUAUAUUGGAAAGUGGUCCGUGGGGACCUUCAUUGGAGAAAGCUCUCUCUUUGUGUGAUGAUAAACCUGAGCCAGACCUGGUUAUUGGAGUGUUGAGGAGGCUGAAGGAUAUCAAUCUAGCAAUUCACUACUUUAGAUGGGUGGAGAAGGCGACAAACCAAGUGAAUCUGCCAGAAACAUACCAUUCGCUUCUGAUAUUGAUGGCAAGGUGUAGGAAAUUUGAUAGGAUUGGGCAUGUUUUGGAGGAAAUGAGUCUUGCUGGAUUUGGACUUUCUUUCGAGACUAGCAUGGAGUUAGUUUCUAGUUGUGUGAAGUUGCAAAGGUUGAGGGAGGCAUAUGAUCUUAUGCAAACAAUGAGAAACUUCAAAUUCCGCCCAGCAUUUUCAGCUUACACCACUCUUAUAGGGGCACUGGCUGUGGUGCGUAAGCCUGAGCACCCUAAUCUCAUGCGUUCCCUAUUUCAUCAGAUGCAAGAGUUAGGCUAUGAAGUAAGUGUGCAUCUGUUUACGACUUUAAUUCGUGUAUUCGCCCGGGAUGGCCAGGUUGAUGCUGCUCUCUCCUUGUUAGAUGAGAUGAAGAGCAACUCAUUUCAAGCCGACAUUGUUCUCUAUAAUGUGUGUAUCGACUGCUUUGGUAAGGCUGGUAAAGUUGAUAUGGCUUGGAAAUUCUUUCAUGAGAUAAAAUCCCAUGGUCUCAUUCCUGAUGAUGUGUCAUUUACCAGCAUGAUAGGAGUUCUUUGUAAAGCUAAUAGGAUGAAUGAAGCUGUUGAGCUGUUCGAGCAGAUGGAGCUGAAUAGGUCUGUUCCAUGUGCAUAUGCUUAUAACACCAUGAUCAUGGGCUAUGGGUCUGCUGGAAAGUUUGAUGAAGUGUAUAAGUUGCUUGAGAGGCAAAGAAUGAAGGGGUCUAUUCCAAGUGUGAUUGCAUACAAUAGUCUUCUUACAUGCCUUGGUAGGAGAGGAAAAGUAGACGAGGCCUUAAAAGUUUAUAGUGAUAUGAGAACAGAUGCCAUGCCCAACCUCUCUACAUAUAAUAUUCUUGUUGACAUGCUUUGUCGGGCAGGAAAACUCGAUGCAGCUUUAGCAAUACAACAUGACAUGAAGGCAUCUGGCAUGGCUCCUGAUAUAAUGACCGUCAACAUAAUGAUAGACAGAUUGUGCAAGGCUAAUAAACUGGAUGAGGCUUGUUCUGUCUUUCACAGCAUGGAUCGUAAAGUUUGUAGCCCAAACAAAUAUACAUUUUGUUCCCUGAUAGAUGGCUUGGGCAGGCAUGGCAGAGUAGAUGAUGCAUAUAAGUUAUAUGAAGAGAUGUUGGAUUCUAACGAGGUGCCAGAUGCGAUUAUAUAUACAUCCCUAAUCAAGAACUUUUUCAAGUCUGGCAGAAAGGAGGAUGGUCAUAAGAUUUACAAGGAAAUGGUCCGAAAAGGCACCUCACCAGACCUCACACUCCUUAACACUUACAUGGAUAGUGUUUUCAAAGCUGGUGAAACAGAAAAGGGCAGAGCCUUGUUUGAGGAUAUCAAAGUGCAGUUUACCCCUGAUGCACGAAGCUACUCGAUUCUAAUAAAUGGUCUCAUAAAGGCUGGUUUUGCACGUGAGACUUACGAGAUCUUCUAUGCAAUGAAGGAACAGGGUUGUGCUCUUGACACCCUUGCUUAUAACACUGUUAUUGAUGGAUUUUGUAAAUCAGGUAAAGUUAAUAAAGCUUACCAGUUAUUGGAGGAAAUGAAGGCCAAAGGUCAUCAACCGACUGUAGUGACAUAUGGUUCUGUUAUUGAUGGGCUUGCUAAGAUUGACCGGCUUGAUGAAUCUUAUAUGCUUUUUGAAGAAGCAAAAUCAAUUGGAGUAGAACUGAAUGUAGUUGUGUAUAGUAGUCUUGUAGAUGGGUUUGGAAAGGUGGGCAGAAUAGAUGAAGCAUAUCUCAUCAUAGAGGAAAUGAUGCAGAAUAAUUUGACGCCUAACAUUCAAACAUGGAAUUGCUUGCUUGAUGCACUUGUUAAGGCAGAAGAGAUUGAUGAAGCCCUUGUCUGCUGGAAUUCUAUUAAAGACUUGAAAUGCAUACCUAACAUUGUAACAUACAGCAUUCUUAUAAAUGGUCUGUGUAAGGUUCGGAAGUUCAAUAAAGCCUUUGUGUUUUGGCAAGAGAUGCAGAAACAAGGGUUGAAACCUAAUGCAAUCACCUAUGUCACCAUGAUAUCUGGGCUUUCCAAGGCUGGGAAUAUAUUGGAGGCCGUUAAACUGUAUGAAAGAUUCAAAGAAAACGGAGGUAUACCUGAUUCGGCCUGCUAUAAUGCAGUGAUAGAAGGCUUGAGCUUAGCGAAUAAGGCAACAGAGGCAUAUCAACUAUUUGAGGAAACAAGGUUAAAGGGUUGUAAAAUACACACCAAAACCUGUGUGGUUCUUUUGGAUGCGCUUCAUAAGGCUGAAUGUCUCGAGCAAGCUGCUAUAGUGGGCGCUGUAUUAAGGGAAACAGCUAAAUCACAACAUGCUUCUAGAUCGUUGUGAUGUUGGAUUUUCUGGUGCCAGAAGUUGUGUAUCUUUUGGUGUGUAGUUGGCUCUUCUAUUUACAAGCAUAGAAAAAAAUUUCAAAGCUUAAUGUUCACCAGAAUACAUAUUUGUGGUGAACAUUAAGCCUCCUUGUGAGUGUGUUUAUUAAUUAGGCUAUAUUCUCGAAAUUUUCAAUUUUUUUUCUAUAUACGUAAUAUGAAAAGGUAUUUGGUUUUGAUAACAAUACUCUGUGAUGACUUGUACAUAUGGACUUCUCAGAGCCAAUCUUCUGCCUUAACUGAUGAUGAAUCAAAGGAUACUAGUUUUGGGAGAAAUGGAUCUGAGAAGAUAAUCCGAGCAGUUCAUGCUCAGAAGAAGGCUGACCAUCCAUCUGACGAAGUUGUAAAUGGUGGAUUAUAUGCAGCAAUGAGGAAAGAACUAAGACACGCUGUUGAAGAAAUACGAACUGAACUAAACCAGGUUGAUUGAAAGAAAUUAGUCUGUUCAACCAUUUGUUUCCGCUCUUUUAUCAACUCCUUUGCAGUUGGAGGGACUUAUAUAGUUAUAUUGGUUGUUAAGCUCCUUAUAGUUCCUUCCAACCAUUCCCUGAUACAUUCUUGAAACGAUAGGGUCAGGUGUUCCUUUCUGCAUAAACGUGUCGAAAUUUGCACGCACCACAUAAUAUUCUUCUGGUUGUACUUGAUUUUUUUCCAUCAAGUGUUUCUGGGUCCUAGAGGAAAUUCGUUGUGAAACUCAAGGCGAUCGAUGUAAAUAGACAGCUGUGGAAGCACAAGAAAGCAUGGAUAAGGAUAAUGAUAUUUCUCCUAGAUAUUAGUCCUUCCAACAGUUGUAUCAUGUAUGUAACUAAUGCAGCUUUUACUUUCUUCACAUGUGGUGUCCUAAACUAGAGACAAAAUGGGUCAGCUGAGAAGGCAUUUUGCUAUAAUGCAGAUUGCGUGCUCAAAUUGCCUCCCAACAAAUUGGAUACUGUGUAAUACUGAUUACAUUUUUAUUACA